GAAAGGAAAGUCCUCCAGUUAGUGAUGUCCCAGAUGAUGCAGAUGAACCUAUGCCUGUUCCAGAGGACCUUUCAACUAGUACUGGAGGACAACAGAGUGCUAAGAAUGAGAGAGUCUUGG